UCGGUCGAGAUAGACGCUGGGCACGCGCUGCUAGUGUUGAUCAUGAUGGUCGGCGGCCGCUCCACCCUGCCGGCGGCCACGCGGCGGCCGCCGCUGGGGCAGCGCCAGCAGCGCGCCGGGCUGCGCUGAUCCUCGACAAGCAAGAGCCACACGCAGCCUGCGACAAGCAGACAAGUCUCGCACACACACCAAGAAACUCGAUGGCCUCGCCGACCUGCUGGGCGGUGGCCGUCGCGCUGGCCGCCGUCGUGUGGUGUCCCGUCCAGCUGCGGGCCGACCAGCUGUGUCCGACGUGCUCGCCGCCCGCGCUGGGCGACGCCAGUGAGUUCAGUAGUAGUGCAGGUGUCAGUGCCCAGCAGCACCCCCAUCUGCACCACAACCACCACCAGCAGCAGCAACUCUCGGACAAUUUCGUCAGGAUCGAGGCCAUCAAGCAGCAGAUCCUGUCCAAGCUCGGCUUCCGCUCCAAGCCCAACGUCAGCUCGUCCAUCCCGCACGAGGUGCUGCUCGAGACGAUGCGCAUCGUCGACGACACCGCCGGCCAACACCGCAAACAGCCGCCCCCGCUCGAGCUCGAGGACGACGACGACCUCGGACGAGCCUCCGAAAUCAUCUCAUUCGCCGAGCCCGGUCCAAGAUUAAACGGGCAAUCGUUACUCGAGUUCUCGCACAGCCAAGAAAACGCGGGCGACCUGCGGAUAAAGUCCGCGAACCUGUGGGUGCGCAUGGAGUUGCGGCCAGGGGUCCUGCGGGGCGCCCUGAGCGGCGCGGGCCCCAUUCAGUGCCACCAUCAUCACCACGCGCCGCGGCAUAAAAAUUUCAGCUUCUACGUGUUCAGGGCGAACGCCGUGGCGGCGUCCAUCAAUGCCACAUACCUUAGUGGUAAGGACCUGGAGCUGGCCAGCUCGCUGGACGUGUCGACGGACGCGCUCGGCUGGCUCAAGUUCGACAUCACAGAGACGGUGCAGGAGUGGUACUCGGUGUCGGCGGCGGCGCCGGACGCGGCGCGGCGCCGCAAACUGCACCUGCUGGUGGACUGCGCCGGGUGCUGCGAGCUGGUGCAGCCGCUGCUGGAGGGCGCGGCGCGGCAGCGGCCGCCGCACCACCGGCCCUUCCUCGUGGUGCACACGGACCCUGACGUGCCCAAGCGGAUGAAGCGGCACGCGCUCGAGUGCAGUGGCCAGGUGAAGCAGUGCUGCAAGCAGCGCUUCUAUGUGAACUUUACGAAAAUCGGCUGGAGCGACUGGAUCAUCAAGCCGAGCGGCUACUACGCCAACUACUGCCGCGGCACCUGCGGACUGCACCGCACCCCCGACACCUUUCUCAAUUAUCACACGCACGUGAUGGAGCAAUACCGCACGCGCUACCGGCUGGCCGGUCUGCAGCCGUGUUGCUCGCCGGUCCGCUUCUCGCCGAUUUCCUUGAUUUACUUCGACAGGGACAGUAACAUUGUCAAGCAGGACCUGCCCAAAAUGUCCGUCGAGGAGUGCGGGUGCCCCUAAGGACAGGACCCAGAGUGAGUGCGCGCGUCCGGUUGGACCGCGACCGCCGCGAUUUGAUUCAAAAAGCAUUUGGUGAUACUAGAUGCGCGCGAGGUGCCGCCGCCCGCACCGACACGGACUGCACCCCGACUCGCGCCGACUCUCCUUCAACUUUUAAACGGGGUAAUCCCUGAUAAAUCUGUGAUGAUACGAUUAGAAUUUUGGCUCCCUGAAUACCCUACGUUUAUUUUCUCGGCGGCUCGCACCACUCGGUUCGGACGUCGAUUUGGAAAAUCGACCCCACCCCUCCCCGCCGCGAUUCAUUCAAAUUUAUUCAAACGGAAAACAUCUGAAAAGUACUCAAAUGAUUUGGAAAUCCAGCAAAAAAAGUGGUUCCAAAAUUAUGCAAUUCAUUUUAGUUUUUGUCUCAAAAUCUAAAAAAUUUUGACAUCAUUUCAACCAAAUUACUUAAAAUUUUACUCAGCUUUGUUUGAUUUGAUUAUUAUUAUUAUAUUGUUAUUUUUGAUGCUUAUUUUUCCACAUGUUUAAACAAAAUUAACUUAAAAAAAAUUUAUUUUUGGACAAAACGGCACCACCACUUGCAAGAGUUAAAUAAAACUUCCAAGAUAAAAAAGAGCCCAUCCGCCCCAGUGAGCCUUUAGUUAUUUGCCAGUGAUUUUCUGAGGAUUACUCAUUUAAUUGAAUUUUAUUAAUUUUUUCUUUUAUUAUUACUUAAAUAAACUCUUAUUUAUUACAUUCCAUUGAUAUUUAUUAUUUGUGCCCAAAUUUAAAAUUGAACUACUCAGACGUUUUCCAUUGGAGUAAAAGCAAUUCAAUUAAAUUAAAAAUAUUUCAGUUUCCUAAUGGCAAAUUAAACUAGGGCAGUUUUAGCAGAUUUUAAAUCCAUUGAUCCAGUGCUUUUAUCACAGAAUCUAUUUUGCCCCGGCAAUAUUUAACUCAAUCUGUCUUAAAUCAAUUCAAAAGACAGGUUGGUACUUGAAAUUUUAGCCUACGGAAACGAAAUAUUUUUAACAUUCUUUAUUUCUGAUUAUUGUGAGAAUUCAAUUCGCUUAUUUUUUAAAUUUUUAUAUGCAGGAGUCCCAAAAGCCCAAAUUUCCGAUUUUAUUUAAAAUUUUAUUUAUAUUAUUUUCUUUGGGUACGGAGGAGAAAAUAAUUGGUAGGGUAUUGCAAAAUUCCAUGGGGGACCAGAGCCUCGUUGUGGGGUUUUAUAUCACCUGCGAUAUGUAAGGUCUGUAAAAAAGAAGCAACGAGACUUGUACAGUGAGAGAAAGAGUGCAGUUGCUGUAAAAUGUUGUAAAAAGCGAUAAAGCAGAGAACAUAAAUAUUAUUAUUAUUAUUAUUGCUGCUAUUGUAAAUACACCGAGAAACACAACCACAAUCACAGAUGAGCAAGUAAAAAAGAAAAACUCAUUUUGCUUAUGGCUGCUUCCGAUCCCACCCCGUUUUUUUCCUACGUGAUUAUAAUUAAGUAUUAAAAAAACAACCCUUCUAUUCCCACAUCACUCUCUACUUAGGCCUAUUAAUUAAUGUGCAUAAGAAAAAUAAAAGAGAAACCACGAGUUGAUUAGAAGACACAAUGCCUUAAUUACAGAAGUUGUGAAUUUGCCUGCUCGCCCUCUCGACCAUGUAUCAGAAUAAAUAUUAAUCAAUCACCUCGUCCCACAUUCGCCGUAGACACGAGUUCAUCGACACACAAACCAAACGAACAAGUAUCCACACGCAAUUUCGCUUUUAAAUUUAAAAAAAAUACUCCUGUAUCAUAAUAUUUUUACAGUAAGAGCAGAGCGGACGCAGACAUCGCCCUCUGUGGCCGCGGCAGUUUGCUCUCCCCAGAGAGAAAAAAACGCCCUGCGUAGUUAUCAUUAUCAAGAAGAGAUUAAGUAAAAAAAAAGAGAGAAAUUAAUCGCAUUCCAGACGCAUUCCUUGCAAUCUCAUCCACGUGCAAUACUCCUUAAGCAAUCUGAACGACAAUAGAUGAAGAGAGAUUAUACGCGAAAAUUCUGUACGACUAUGUUACUUGUUGCUAAUAAUGUUGAAACGCCCCCCAAAUUCGACUGACAAUAAUAAUGAACGAUGUGUGUAAUAAAAAAUCGGAGAGUGUUUCGUUGGCCGCGGAAUCUGCGUCGCUCUCGGCAUCCUAGAGUAGCAGUUUAUCCCCCCCGUAGAUUCCGCACCGCGACGUCCGCUCGAAAUGUGAUCUGCAAAAUUGUUGUGAUGAAAAAGUAUGUAAUGAGUUGUUAUCGAAAAAAAUCUAGCCCACGAUAUGAAGUCCCACACUGCCUGAAUUGAAAACAGAGAGAGAAAGUGCGACAGAGUUGUGGGAAAAGUAUCAUUUUUUGAAAACUUGACCCAUUUCGCGGCCCCGGCAUGCCAAAUUUUGAACUUCCUUCUUAAAAAGCACCCGAAUGAACCGAUCUGUUAUUCAAACAGUUGUAAUUUAAGCGCUCUCGUGCAUUUAAUGAGGCACUAGUUCUCUAGAUCA